UACACAGACAUUACAUGUAUAUAUAUGCAUAGAUAAUCAUUAAUAAAUAUACCAACAUUUUUUUUUUCUCGCCAAGCCUUGUGUUUGGUUUGGUUAUAUAUAUAGUUCUUUCUCUCUUUCUUUCUCUUUCAUUCUCCUCCUUCUUCUUUCUUCUUCUUCCCUUGAUUCUCUUGUGAGAGAGGGUUGAUUGGUGUGGCUCAAGAUGGCUCAAUUGCCGCCAAAAAUUCCAAACAUGGCACCAACUUGGCCAGAUUUUUCUUCUCUUCACCAAAAGAUGCCAUCCCUCAAAACCAUGUCAUCAAACCAAAACCCUUCGUGGGUGGACGAGUUUCUCGACUUCUCGGCGGCGAGGCGCGGCACUCACCGGCGGUCGGUGAGCGACUCCAUCACGUUCUUGGAGGCGCCAUUGCUGGACCACCACCCUUGCAAGGAUGGUAGUACUGGUGGCGGCGGUGACGACAACGAGUUCGAGAGGUUUGAUGAUGAACAAUUCAUGUCCAUGUUUAGUGAUGAAGCUUCAGGGAACAAUAAUAGUAAUAAUAACAAUAAUAAUACUAUGGUGGCACACACGUCGUUGUCCUCAUCCAACCCUUCUACACCCUCUGAUCACAACAGCAUCAAUGAUGAGAAGGAAAUUAUGAACAAGGAAAAGGAGGAGGAGGAGGAAGAAGAGAAGAAGCAAUUGAAGAAUGAGUCAGAUGAGGAUGAAAGCCAUUGCAAACAAGAAACCACACAACCUCCCAACAAUGAUAAUGAUAGUAAUGCAAAUGCAACAUGUUCCAGUGACAAAAUUACUGACCCCAAGAGGGUCAAAAGAAUCUUGGCAAAUAGACAAUCGGCUCAAAGAUCAAGAGUGAGGAAACUACAAUACAUAUCUGAGCUUGAGAGAAGUGUGACUUCAUUACAGGCUGAAGUUUCAGUACUGUCUCCACGGGUUGCAUUUUUGGAUCAUCAACGUUUGCUUCUAAAUGUUGACAACAGUGCUUUGAAGCAAAGAAUCGCAGCGCUGGCCCAAGACAAGAUCUUCAAAGAUGCACAUCAAGAAGCACUGAAGAGGGAGAUAGAGAGACUGAGGCAAGUGUAUCAUCAACAAAACAUAAAGAAGAUGGCCAGUGCUGCAGAUUCACCAUCUCAAUCACCAAAACCACGAUGUGAUACUCUCACCGAAAAGGAACAGCUUAUCAAUGUUUGAACUUCGAAGUUUGGAGACUCACUCACUCACCCUUCAUAGACUACUUAAUAAUAUAUGAUCAAAUGUAUCAACCACCACCUAGUGUAAUAAUAAGCAAGUUUAGAUAUCAUCUGCAGUGCUUGUUAUGAGCGAGAGUAGUUGUACGAGUGCAGAUUAAUUUUUGGUUGUCAGAUUUGACAGUGUGUCUCAGGACUAAAAGACAUGAUCUGUGAUUAUUUCUAAUUUUACAAGAGAAAUUGCAGAAUUUUGGAAGUGAUGCAUGCAUGGGAUGAGAAAGAAAAGAAAAGAGAAUUGUGGUAUUGUUGUGUGAGUGCUUGAAGUUGUUGUUGUUGUAAUGUAAUGAAUGGCAUAACGUACUAUUGGGUAGAGAGAGGGUGAGAAUUUUUAUUAGGCAAUUCAUGACUGAGAAGGGUCACAUUGGUGGUAGGCUUUUGCUAUCAAACUGAGGCAGUCACGUGAUGUGUUUACUUUAAAGGAAGGGGACCACUCAAGUUGCAUGAUUGGAAUGCAGGGAAACACAUGUGCACCAAAGAGAGAGGGUGGAAGAAAAAACACACUUGUCUUGUGUCUGCUUUAACUAUAUGGGAGAGGGAGGUACCUGUCGGAGAUUCUUUCACUUCAUUUUUAUUUAUUUAUUAUUAUUAUUUGUUGUCAUCAAAGAUUCUUUUUCAAUUUUUGUAAUUUGUUUGGGGGGUUUUUCAAUCCAAGUUGGAAAACAAAGACUAGUGCGUUUGUGUUGGGAUGGAUGAAAGGAAAGGAAGGUAUGUCAUUGUCAGUGAAAGCCUUGGCCACUCUGGGUUUUAUUGUACUUUGUUUUACUGCUUUUAAGGGAUCGAUGUAAUUAUCUUUAUUUGACGUAUUAAUUUGAGAGGGAAGAAAAAAUCAAAGUGUAAAUAUUCAGUUGACUUGAAUCAAUUCUCGUUAUAUAUGCAUUGCA